AUGGUACAAAGCAAUCAGUAUCCCGAAUUGAAAGUGUACAUGAAUAAAAGACUUUCGAUCAAGAUGAAUGGAAAAAGACAUGUGGAAGGAACACUGAUCGGAUUUGAUCCAUUUAUGAAUUUAACGUUGGAGAAUGCUGUCGACAAAGUUGGAGUGAUGAGUGCAAAUCAAGACGGAACAUCAACACAAACCAAACAAGAAAUUCCUCUCGGAACAGUUGUAGUGAGAGGAAAUUCUAUUGAAAUGAUGGAAUGUUUAGAUCCUGUCUAUUUUAGAAAAUAA